CGCGGCGAAAUGAUCUACUGUUUUUACCAUAGUGCUACGUUUUCCUGUCGGUAAAUAAAGUUUAAAUACGGUGUCGCGUCGAAGCGCAGUGUAAAUGCAUAGUCUUCUUAAGUGUUGCAAGACAAUCGGUUGUCUAAAGCUAGUGUGCUCUGUUUUCUGCGUUUGAUCGUAUCUAGUAGAGACAUAUACAGGUUUCCUAGCUGCAGCUAACCACGGUUUAUUAGACCACAGCGUGUCAGCUGCCGCUAGCAUGCUAGCUUAGCCAAGCUUGGAGUAACUUUGUUUCAGCCUACUUCAAGGGACCAUCGUCAAACUCGUCGACGCCAGCAGAGGGAGCGUCGUACACGGCCGUUCCCCCCGUGCGCCACUUUAAGUGAAAUGGGAAGCCUUGAAACCUCCGUGUUUGUAUCUUGAAAUUGCGAGCGGAGUUGAGCACCAUAUUGAAUCAAAGUUGCCAACUCCUUGACAAAUGUUUUAUAACUCCCAGACUUCAAACUUUAGCGGGUAUCCGAGCGCGCGGCAGCAUCGCGAGUGUAAUGGACGCGCUGUAGGCGACUUGUUGCGACGUUUGGCGGAGCGCUUCAGCUUAGUUUCCCUACAUGUUAAGUUGGUUUGAUGCAGCAGCGACUCGGCGAACAAUCUCUAAGUUUAAAGUGUGAGGUCAGCGCUGUGGACCAGACCUGGAUGUGAUGGACCAUCCGUCCUCAGUGAUCACCCAAGUCAGCCGCGAUGAAGAGGCGAAUAAAAGCGCGGGGGAGAGAGGUUCUUCUCCCUCUCUGUCCUCCACGAAGCCCCGGAGCAGAGGCCUCUUCUCCAGCCUUCUGUGCUGCCUUUGUCGGGACCAUCCAGAGCCGCCACCGGUCAACAACAACGCUCCUCUGCUGGUCGAGGAGAACGGAACCCUCUCCAAGGUGCAGGUGAAGCCACUUCUGCCUCCAGUCAAGUCAAAAGAUGCUGGAAAGAUCUGCGUGGUGAUAGAUCUGGAUGAGACGCUGGUGCACAGCUCUUUCAAGCCUGUGAACAACGCAGAUUUCAUCAUUCCUGUGGAAAUAGAUGGAACGAUACACCAGGUGUAUGUCCUGAAGCGGCCCUACGUCGACGAGUUCCUCAAGAGAAUGGGGGAACUGUUCGAGUGCGUCCUGUUCACCGCCAGUUUAGCCAAGUACGCAGACCCCGUUUCAGACCUGUUGGACAAGUGGGGCGCUUUCCGCUGCCGCCUCUUCCGGGAGUCCUGCGUCUUCCACCGAGGGAACUACGUCAAGGACCUGAGUCGCCUGGGUCGCGACCUCGACAGGGUCAUCAUCGUGGACAAUUCCCCAGCCUCCUACAUCUUCCACCCUGACAAUGCAGUGCCCGUGGCGUCAUGGUUCGACGAUAUGUCAGACACUGAGCUGCUGGACCUCAUCCCUUUCUUUGAGAGACUGAGCAAAGUGGACAACGUCUACACAGUCCUCAAGCAACAAGGGACCACAAGCUAACAGUGUUCAACUUUUUGCAUCUCAGCUCAGAACAAAACGACGUACAAAAUGGAAAAUGUCCACACCAGCAAGGCUCCAGCUCCAGCUCUCACUGCCCACCAGAACACAGACUGUCCCACAUGAUGUUCUUGGGCUUCGUAGGCGACUAUGACUUCUUCAUCACUGCCACCUUCUGGUCAAACGCAGACCUGGCCAAAAUAGCCAUACAGCUUCCUCCCUGAACCAGCUGAAAUGAAAUGAAAGGAUGUAUGAAUGUCUAGGGACCUUAUUAAAUACGCAGUACAGUAAACAAAGCAGAAGUCCGUAGCCAUGAAUCCUCUGGACACGGACUGGGUACUGGACGUCUUGCUUGGCUUCUCCAAUGUCAUCCAAAAAUUGGAUGCAGGACAUGGUAAGCGAGGAAAGGAAUCUUUUGGAAAGGUUUACAUGCAAAUAAACUUGAUCAGUCUUGUCAUAGAAAGAGAGAUGGUGUAAUAGUACUGUAGGUAUUGUUGAAAGGUUUUGGAACAGCAUUAUUUUCAUCACACGCCCAUUCUUUCACUUAAUUCAUCUUCAGUUCAUGCUGCUGUCAUUUUAGAGUUUUUAGAUCAGGUAUUUUAGCAUAAUGUCAGUGUUAUAUAUGAAUCUGAAAAAAUAGGCUGUAAUUUUAAAUAAAUUCAACAAUUUAAAUAAAAAAACAAGGGACAGAACUUUACAAGCCUGUAGCUCAGACCACCUUUUUAAACUAAAGUUAAAAACAAUACAGUUUGCUCUCAACAAUGCACGAUAAAUUGUUUGGGGGAUUUACAUUUAAUAUCAAACACAAUGUGUGUUGCCUUUUUCUACCAAUAAGUGGGAAACAUCAGUCGAUAUAACAAUGGAUUCACAAUAAACUAGUCGAGUUCUGUUGACAAGGUUCAUUACUGGAAAAGAUGAUUACUGCGGUAUGUUUUCCUAAACACUAAUAUGAAUAACAAACCAUCUGCUUGUGACAGACAGCUGCUAUGCUAUCAGAUGUGCCUUUCCAAGGGUUGGGACUGCUGGAUGCCCUGAAUGCAAAAUAUAGAUGCAGAGAAUGAGGGAGAACCAGAGUUCACUUGUAAAACCACCUGGAAGUCAGUCGUUGUCAUGCUGCAUUAAAACCGUGGCUCCAUUGAUGUAUGAUUAGUACCGUGUUUUCUUUUAAGGCCACAUAUAAAACUUGAAUUUCUCUCUGCGAUAGCGUACAAAUAAAUUGCUUAGGAAAGUUAGUUUGGAUUAUUCAUUGGCUUCUUAUAAGCUUUCGUUCUGUAUUUUGUUUUUCUUUAAUUUUCUUCAACCUAAGCGGUACACAUGGGCUGGAAACCCUUUCAGGAACUAGUUUAAAAGUUUGGCAGUUGACAUGAGAAUUCAUACGAAAAAGUGCUUCAAUUCAAUCCAGAAGAGAGUAUGAGAGUAGUGUGUUGAUUACACAUGACAUAAUGUUAAGGUAAAUUCCUAGCGUUUACUGGCUCUAAACAUGCAAACAUUUGCUUCUGUGUUGUCUUGUUUCCCCAUUUGCUGUAUUAUAGACUUUUAUCAUACAUGAUGGUGUUUUGUAGCGUGAGAUGAUGUGAGGAUGGGAUUUUCCUUUUUAUGUUGUCAGUUUUAACAGGUGUGGAGUUGUGCGUUUGAUCUGUACUGCAUUAUUUUAGCAGUACACAGGGACAUUGGAAGCUGAGCUUCUUCAGCUGGUCAAAGUAAACGGCCCGGCCUCCUGCAGGCCAAUCAGGCCCUUUCUCCCUCAUUUGCGUUGACAAUAAUGUGUUGACACUGAUGAAUGAAACUGUGGAUUUGACUCGAAACCUCAAAAGCAGGCUUGGUAUGUGGCAUAACCUGAAUGGAGCAGAGGUGACUGGAUAAAAUCCACCGUAUUAAGAGCUAUUACAUUAUUUUCUUCCUAUGUUUAACAAUUAUUUUCAAUCAAAUUAGCUUUUUUGUUUUCUAAACCGUUACUGAUUUUAAUUCUUUGUGUUGCCUACCAGUGCUUUUCUGAUACAAUAUUCUUAGUGUGUUUUCCAGAGGGGAAACAUUAGUUUUGCUGUUUUCUGAGUAAGGCCUGAUAUGUUACCUCACGUGUUAAUAAGUAAUAUAUGAAUCAGAAAGCCCAGCUAUUUGUACGGGGAUAGGAUCUGACCGUUGUGGGCACAUACCAGGGUUAAUUAUUUUUGAAAGUGUGUUCUUUGUAAGCCAUGAACAUGUCUCCAUUACAUUAAAGUCAGAGGAACAGUGGCCAUUUGAUAAGAUGUAAAGAAAAAAACUAGGAUGGGGCCCAUUUGCUGAUACUGUACUUCUUACACAUUCAAUAGAUAUGUAUAUUGUGUUUUGCACAGUAAUAAAGCAAACAAAUUUCAUUAAUAUAUGGAAUUUUCAUGUUACUGUACUCAUGAUUCAGUAGAUGUAACCUAAUUUUUACAUUUGUUUUAUUAUCAUACCAAAUUAUAUAUGGACUAUGUAAUAAUGCAAUUUCUUCUCAUAAAGGCUUAAUGAAAUGUCCAAAGGUUGUCUAAGUAUUUCUUUUGAAUACAGCCUGUGUGUACAUCCUCUGCAAUGGACAGGGACGUUGGGGUGAGCUUGUGAACAGUCCCGUGGGUUUCCAUGCGUACAAAUGGGCUCGGCUGCAGGUUCUCUCCAUUCAGAGUCCAAGCGGGAGGCUUGUUUAUGUCAACAGACACCUCGCACUUGAAGCAUGCCGGCUCCGGCUCCAUCACCUCCACAUCUUCUAGCUCUCUGACCACCACAAGGGCCUGGGCUGCAACAACAUGAAAGCAGGAGAUUGUUACUAUCAUAUGAGCAAAAUUAAAUAUGUUAUUAUUCAUUCAUUAAGUCCACCCAACUUACUUUCCACCAUGAGUUUGGCUUUUGACGUGUGCUCCCCAACCGUAAUACUGUAGGUACCCUCAUCCUCAACCGCCACUUCCUGGAUCACCAGCUUAUGAGAGCAACCGUCUACCAAGAUCUCCAUGCGAUCUGAAGAAACCAGCUCCUCCUUGCCCUUGUACCAAGCAGCGCUGCAGCGAGUGGAGGAAACUGUGCACUCAAGGAUCACACGAUGUUUCUCCAGAGCCGUUCGGUCACGCAGAGGUUUAACAAUGGAAACAGGAAGCUCUGAACAAGUCAAACCUUCAGUGCGCAUCUUGAUGCUGCUAGAGGGCCGAAUUUUAUGGCCAUCUUUGUACCACUCCCCUGUCACUUCCUCCAAAGAAACCUCACACAUGAAGACGGCAUUCUGGUCCUCCUGGAUAUAAAGAUCCUCCAGAUCCUGCACUAUCUCCAGUUCAUGCUC